CCGCUUCAGUCUCCGUCUUUCUCCUUUAAAAACCCUAAACCCCGAGAAAAAUUCUACCUUUCUCAACUCCGAGGAUCGAAAUCGUCGAGAGGCGGCGAGGGAGGACUCGAAGAUGAUCAUCCCUGUUCGCUGCUUCACUUGCGGGAAGGUGAUUGGGAAUAAGUGGGAUACGUAUCUCGAUCUGCUGCAGGCGGAUUACACUGAGGGGGAUGCGCUCGAUGCACUGGGGCUGGUCCGUUACUGCUGCAGGCGAAUGCUGAUGACUCAUGUCGACCUCAUUGAGAAGCUCCUCAACUACAACACCCUGGAGAAGAAUGAACAAAGUUAGUGAGGAGAUGGUGCAGUUGCAUGGAGAUAAAGUGUGUGGUUUAAUAUUUAGCUGUCCAUGGUAUCAUUGUAACAGGCUUUAAGACUGGCUGGUGUCAUGUAAUAUAUCGUAUCGUGUUGUUUUUCUGGUAUUUGCUUCGGAUUUCAGUGAAUAUCUUCAGCUAAGAAGUAGAACUCAAAGGUUGAUGACAGCAUUAAUUUUCGAUUUGCCGGUACUUUGCUUAUGUGAA